AUGGGGGGGCCCACAGCAAGUGCUGAGGGGGCCCCAUCAUCUACAUCUACAUCAUCAUCAUCUGCUGCUGCUGUUGCUGCUGCUGCUGCUGCUGCAGCAGCAGCAGCAGAAGAAGAGGCAGAGGAAAUAAUAGAGAGGGCCCUGUACCCUGGUUCGUGUCUUUGUGUGUCUGCUGCUGCACUAGGCUUACGUUAUCAGCAGCAGCAGCAGCAGCUGCUGCCUCCUUAUUUAUAUAAGGAUGUAGUAGUACAUCGUGUCUUCUAUGGUAACCCUCCUGUUGCUAAUCCUGCUGCUGCUGCUGCUGCUGCUGCUGCAGCAGCAGCAGCAGCAAAAACAGGUGGACGUGCUGCUGCUGCUGCUGCCAGCGGCAGCAAUAGCGGCAGCAGCACAGAAGAUGAGGCAGAAAGUCCUCUGCCUUCUGCUGCUGCUGCUGCAGCAACAGCAACAGCAGCAGCAGCAGCAACAGGUCGUGGGGAGGAAGGGUCUCCUUCCUCACAAGAUAAAGGAGGAGGAGGACAAGGGAACAACUCUUCUGCUGCUGCUGCUGCUGCAGCAGCAGCAGCAGCAGAGGAAGAAGAAGAGGAGGAAGAAGAGCGUUGUUAUGAUGGGUGUUGGUCUAAGAAAGGCAUCACCCAUGUACAGGUGUAUAUAAUAUCCUUUAAGAAGUCACGAAUAAUAUCUGUCUCCUCUUUGCUGCUGCAUGGUGUAUAUAAACUACAAUAUGAUUUGCAUGCACAUUUCCCGUGUCUCUCCUCUGCAGCAGCAGCAACAGCAGCAGCAGCAGCACAAAAACAAGCAGCAGACUUCCUAUGGACUAUACCUAGAGCUAUCAAUAUUAUGGGGGCCCCAGGUACUGGGGGGGCCCCAGGUAGAAGACGUAGAGAUGGAGGUGCAGCUGCUGCUGCUGCUGCUGCUGCUGCAGCAGCAGCAGCAGCAGCAGCAGGAGAUCCAACAACAGCAGCAACAGCAGCAGCAGCAGCAGGUAUAUUAUCUACAGAAACGUCUAAUAGUACUACAACAUCAUCUACUGCAUUACCUCCUGCAGCAGCAACAGCAGCACCAGCAACAGCAACAGCAGCAGCAACAGCAGCAGCAGCAGCAGCAGCAGCAACAACAGCAGCAGAGGAAGCAGCAUGGGACGAGAAGACACGAGCAACAGGGGGGCCCCCAGCAGGAGGGGGGGCCCUGCAGCUGCUGCAGCAGCAGCAGCAGCUGCAGCAGCAGCAGCAGUAUGCAGCUGCACUGUAUGGGGGGCCAUAUAUGCAGUUGCAUGGCCAGCAGCAGCAGCAGCAGCAACAACAGCAGCAACAACAGGAAGGAGAAGAGGGUACUAGUGGGUAUAUUCAUGGGGGCCCUUGUACUAAUCAUAAGGAAGGGGGCCCCCUUCUUCCUUGUUUACUGCAUCACCCUAGUGAGGGGGCCCCUCCUCCAGGUAAAUUAACAGUAGCGUUGCAGCCAUGGAUAAAAGAAGGGUGGAGGCCCCCCUCCUCUGCUGUACCCAUCGGGGGGGCCCCCGUCCUCUCCUUACCCUCUUUAUUACAAGGACCAAAGGGAGGAAGGGGGCCCCCACAGCUUCCUCUUUCAGGGGGUACUGCUGCUGCAGAAGGGGCCCUGGGGGCCCCUGGGGGUCUAGGGGCCCCAAACAGUUCCCUGGGGGCCCUAGAUAGCUCGAUGGAGGGGGGGGCCCCUGAAAUGUACCCUGCAGCAACUGUUAUGUGCCUUGGAGGGGAAUUAAGGGAUGUAGGGGGCCCCCUAAAAAGGGUACGAUUAGAGGUACCCUAUAGGAGAUUAUUAAGUUAUAUUGAGGAAGAAACGGAGGCCCUGGGGCCCUCAUUAGUAUGGGACUUUGAGGCCCUGCAUGCAGAUAAGGGUACAGAUAGGGGGGCCCCCUGUACCCUAGGUGAUAUACAAGCUGAUGAUGAUACCCUAAGGGGUCUCGUUAAGUCCGUCCUUGCUCAUUGCCCACAGAAGCAGCAGCAGCAGCAGCAGCAGCAACCGCAGCAGCAGCAGCAGCAACCGCAACAGCAGCUACAGCAGCAGCAGCGGCAACCGCGGCAGCAGCAGCGACAGGGUACUCUGAGGGUUCACAAGAGACUUGAGGACACAGCAGCAACACCUAGUGGGGGCCCUGCUGCUGCAGCAGCAACAGCAGCAGCACCAGCAGUACCCUCAAGAAGAGUUAAGUCAGAAUGCGAUGUUGGGGGCCCCCAGGGCCCCCCAACAAGCAGCAGGGGCCCCUGUAACCGCAGCAACAGCAGCAGGCACGAUGAUAAAACAGCACCAGCAGAUAAGGGGGGCCCCCGCAGUGCUGGUGCUGCUGCUUCUGUUGCUGCUGCUGCUGCUGGUCGUCACUCCCCUGGGGGGCCCCCUCGUCGAUCCCCAAGCUGUCGCGGUGUAUGUAGAGGCAACAAGAGGAAAAGAGAAACAAAAGGGAUGGAGGGGCCCCCUCAUGAUACAAAGAUAGGAGGGGGCCCCCAGGGUACUUGUGGGGGCCCCUCCCUAAGAAGGAAUGCGUCAGGGGGGGGCCCCAGCAGCCAAGGUACUACAGACCGUACCACCAAAACAGGGGCCCACCUAAAGGGGGCCCCUUCUGCUGCUGCUGCAGCAGCAGAGAAGGGGGUACGUGCUGCAGAUGGGGAGAGGCCCCUACAUCAUCGUCCCCAUAGGAAUGGCUUGGGGGCCCCCAUUAAGAAUGAGGUAGUUGGGGGCCCCUCUAAGUCAGGGGGCCCUCAUAAGGAGGGGGGCCCCAAGGAGGGGGGCCCCUAUUUCCCUCUAAUAGGUGAUGAGGUGUACCCUUCCUUAAUAUUCUCUGCUUCUCCUUCCCCUACUCCCGAUCAUACACGCAGCAGGGGCCCCUCUCUUGAUAAAGAGGGGGGCCCCCAUCGUUAA